AUGAUCGGUGAGGAUUGCUGUGAAUGGGUUGGUGUUUUCUGUAAUAACUUCACUGGCCAUGUCAACGAGCUGCACUUGGGGCUUAGUAGUCCUUAUGAGGGUGUGUCAGUUGCUGAAUGGGAUGCUUAUCUCCGAUCAAAGCUAGGAGGCCAAAUAAAUCCUUCUUUGAUGGAGAUGAAACAUCUCAGUUUCCUAGACUUCAGCAACAACGACUUUAGUGGCCUGGCAAUUCCUGAAUUCAUUGGUUCGAUGAAGAGUUUGCUAUAUCUUAACCUCUCUUUUUCAAAUUUCAGCAGAGCAAUUCCCCAUAAUCUUGGAAAUCUCUCAAAAUUACAUUAUCUUGAUCUUGGAUACAAUUCCUUUUUUGAAGAUACAACUCUUCAAUGGGUUUCUGGUCUUUCGUCUCUGCUGUAUCUUGAUUUGAGUUAUACAAAUCUUACUAAAGCAACUGAUUGGCUGCAGGCAACAAACAAACUUCCUUCUUUGGUGGAGUUGCAUUUGUCAGGAUGCUCUCUAAAUAAUGAUCCAUCUCCAAUCAGUGUUAAUUACACAUCCCUUACUGUUCUUGAUCUUUCUAGAAACACGUUGUCUUCGGUACCUACAUGGAUAUUCAGCCUUCGUAGUCUUGUGUCCAUUGAUCUUAACUCUAUCGGAGUUGAAGGUGUGAUUCCCGAUGGUUUUCAAAACAUGUCUUCUCUCAAAUUUCUUGAUCUUAGUUGGAAUUCAUUCUCUUCAUCAUCGACACUCAGCUGGUUGUCUAAUUUAAACCAACUUCAAUUCCUUGGUCUUGUUAACGUCGGCCUGAAAGGUAAUUUUCCAAGUGCUAUUGGAAACUUGAGCUCUCUUACUCAUCUUGAUGUUUCAUAUAACCAACUUGAAAUUAUAGAACCCAAAUGGUUGGAAAAUCUUUGCAAUCUGAGAGAGAUGGAUUUGUCACAAAAUGGAAUUGAUCAUAAGGUAUCAGAAAUCAUAGAGAGUUUGUCUAGAUGUAGUUUGGAUCGAUUAGAGUCAUUGAAUAUUGCAUUUAACAAACUUUCUGGCCAUUUACCUGAUCAACUUGGCCAAUUUAAAAAUUUGGCAUACCUUUCCCUUUCUGGAAACUCCAUUUCUGGUCACAUUCCAAUCUCAAUAGGGAAGUUAUUAUCAUUGAAAGUUCUUGAUGUUUCACACAAUCGAUUGAACGCGACUCUCCCUCAAAGUUUAGGACAACUUGGGAAUUUGAAACAUUUAGACGUUAGCAAUAAUAUGUUGGAAGGAAAUAUAUCAGAAAUGUACUGGCGUCUUGGUCCGCAAUUUCCUCAGUGGCUACAGUUCCAAAGGAACAUGUCGCGGUUAGAUAUCUCCCAUACUGGAAUUUCAGGUGUCAUUCCCACUUGGUUUUGGAACCUCUCAACAUCAUUUGAAUAUCUAAACCUUUCCCAUAACCAACUAGUCGGGGAGAUUUCAUAUUUAUCGAUGAGUUUGUGCGUUGACUUGAGUUACAACCUAUUCACAGGUCCAUUGCCACGACCAAUUUCAAAUUUGAAGUUUUUAUUUUUGUCUCAGAAUCUAUUUUCAGGAUCCCUUUCUAAUAUUCUGUGUAAUUCCUCAACUAAACUGGAAACUUUGACCAUUCUUGACAUUGAAUCAAAUCUUCUGUCAGGUGAAAUUCCAGAUUGUUGGGAAAAUCAGCAAAUGUUGGAAGUCUUAAAUUUAGGAAACAACAGUCUAACUGGGAAAAUUCCUAGAUCCUUGGGAUCUGUAGGUGGUAUUGAGUCAUUAAACCUUCGUAACAAUAACCUGUUUGGAGAAGUACCAUCCAUAUUGCAGCAUUUAGCUAAUUUGUUUAUUCUUGAUCUUAGUGAAAAUCAAUUGACGGGAAGUAUUCCAGCAUGGAUUGGAGACAAGCUUUUAAGCCUUGUGGUUCUAAACCUUCGUUCAAAUAAAUUCCAAGCCUAUAUUCCUGAUCAAAUUUGUGCUCUUAAUUCUCUUCAGUUCUUGGAUCUUGGUUAUAACAACAUUUCAGGAGCUAUUCCAAAAUGUUUUAGUAACCUAAGUGCCAUGGCCACAAAACCCAUCAACGGAAUCUUGUAUGGAUUGGGCUUGGAAUUCGACCCUAACAACUGGUUUUAUUUAGGUGCAUUAUUGGUGAUAAGAGGAAGGGAGGAUGAAUAUAGUACCACACUAGGACUUGUUACCGGCAUAGACCUUUCAGUUAACAGUCUCACAGGAGAGAUCCCCAAAGAACUUGGUAAUCUCACCGAGCUGCGGUCGUUAAAUUUGUCAGGAAAUCUCCUAACAGGACAGAUUCCGGAAAACAUUGGCAAUCUGGAGGUGUUGGAAUCCCUUGACUUGUCGAUGAACCGACUCCAUGGUGAAAUCCCUUCAAGUUUUUCCAAUUUGAAUUUUUUGAAUCACUUCAACGUGUCAUAUAACAACUUGGCAGGAAAAAUCCCAUCAGGCACCCAGCUCCAAAGCUUUGACAAGUUUUCUUACAUUGGCAAUCAUCUUUGCGGACCUCCAAUCACUAAAAAUUGCAGCAGAAAUGGCGAAACACCUGAUGUUAUAAAUGGAGGUAGCAGUGAAGGAAGGCACAGGACUGAGGUGAAUUGGCUUUAUGUGAGCAUAGUGGUUGGAUUUGUGAUGGGUUUUUGGGGAGUAGUGGCUCCCCUGUUUUUCAUCAGGUCUUGGAGGUUUGCUUAUUAUAAAAAACUGGAGCAUAUUGGUGAUAAGCUAUAUGUGUUUUGGGCUACUAUUGGUAUGUAA